CCGUGGGGACUCGGGCAGUGAUCCACUUCACCAAGGAGCCGUACUCCCAGGACGCCCUGCACGGCCGCGGCGCCAUCCUCCGCUGCGAGGUGGAGGAGCCCGUGGAUGUGGAGUUUGAGUGGCUGCAGAACGGGCUCCCCAUCCAGGACACGGAGCAGCGCUUCAAGGAGGGCAGCAACCUCCAGUUCGCCGCUGUCGACCGGCAGCGGGAUGCCGGGAACUUCCAGUGCGUGGCGAGGAACCUGCUCACCGGGGAGGAGGCCCGCUCGGCCAACGCGUCCUUCAACAUCAAGUGGAUUGAGACAGGCAAUGUGGUGCUGAAGCAGCCGGCCAGCGUAGCUGAGAUCCAGCCCUCCUCCACAGUGGUGCUGCGGUGUCACAUCGACGGCCACCCGCGCCCCACGUGGCAGUGGUUUCGGGACGGUACCCCCCUCCCCGACGGCCACAGCACCUACUCAGUCAGCAACAAGGAGCGAACGCUGACCCUGCAGAGCGCCAGCCCCGACGACAACGGCCUCUACUACUGCUGCGCCCGCAGCGCCGUCGGCUUCGUCUGCAGCCAGAACAACUUCACCCUGAAUGUCAUCGAUGAGAGCUUUCCUCAGGCAGUGAUCGUCCCACAGGACCUCAUCGUGACCAAGAAUGAAGAGGCCAUGUUUGACUGCCAGUUUUCAGCUGUGCCCCCUCCCACACAGGAGUGGCUCUUUGAAGACAAUCCCAUCACCAACAGAUCCAAGACCACCAUCUUUGCCAAUGGCUCCCUGCUGAUCACCCAGGUGAGGGCUCGCAGCACCGGUGUCUAUAAGUGCGUUGGCCGUGGGCAGAGAGGGAAAGCUCUUGUGCUGAAGGCGACUCUGCAGCUAGCAGAGAUCGAAGACAUGGCGCCCUUCUCCUCGAAAGUACUGACGGCGAACCAGGGGCACCGUGUAGCCUGCACUGCCCCCCAAGGCAUACCCACACCCCAGGUCUGGUGGGAGAGGAACCAGAAACGAAUUCCCACUGCUGGCAGAGUGCACCAAGAGGCAGAGCAGCUUGUUUUCACCAGUAUCACCGAGAUGGAUGCGGGGACCUACACGUGCCAUGCUGCCAACAAGGCUGGAGAGAAAAAACAGGAGCUGAGCAUCAUUGUGGCUACGGUACCCAAAUGGGUGGAGAUGCCCAAGGACAGUCAGCUGGAGGAGAGCAAGCCAGGAUAUCUACACUGCCUCAGCAAGGCCUCCCUGAAACCCACCGUCACCUGGUACCGCAAUGGCGUCUCCAUCUCUGAGGACUCACGGUUUGAGAUCUCUGAGAACGGGACGCUGCGCAUCAACAACGUGGAGGUGUACGACGGGACCACGUACAAGUGCGUGAGCAGCACGCCGGCCGGCAGCAUCGAGGGAUACGCGCGCGUGCAC